ACACAUGUAAAUCUGUAUUAGGAAGACACAAAAAAAAAGAAAAAAAAAAAAGCUUCUACAUAAAUUUUGUGAUUCUUGAAAAGAAAAAUAUAAUAAUAAUUAAAUUAUUAUUAAAAAAUAUUUUUGUUCUUUGCAUUUACAUAGAUAUUAAUUGAUUAAUUAAUUAAUCAAUUAAUUAAAUUAAAAAAUUAAAUACUUUGUGUGUUCAGAAGAGACUGAUUAUCACUGAUAAUAUAUUAGUUGAUUGUUUUUUUUCUUAUUUCAAUAAUGGAGGAAUUAAAUCAACAUUUGAAUUCUGUCAAAAUACCUCAGGGUGAUGAUAAAAUUUACAAGGAUGAAUGUGUAUUUUCAUUUGAUACACCGGAAUCACCAAAUGGAUUAUUCAUCAGUUUGAAAACAUUUCUUGGUUUUAGUCGUGACUUUGUUGAAGGCUACUACAAAAAAACUGGAAAUGCUAUUUUUUUAAAUAUCAAAAGAACCAAACAAGCACAAAUUAAUCAAAAUAACGAUGGACCAGCUAAAAAAAUAACAAAGCUAGCAAUUGGUACACCAGGUGGUUUUAUACCAGAUGAAAAUAAAUAUACUUAUGAUGAAACUUAUGAAAUAAUAAUAUUACCAAAUUUUACAAGUAUCAAAUAUCCAUCAGUUGAUUUACCAGAACAGAUAAUAAAAUCAAUUACUGGAAUAUUAGAAGCUGAAUCAGCAAUUAAAAUUGCUGAAAGAGAAGCAUUAGCUGGUACCUGGGAUGGUGAAGCAAGAAUAAUAACAAAACAUGCAACAACAUUGCAACAAUUAAAUAAUGGUAAAAAAAUACCACCAAGUAAUUGGAAAUGUGAAAAAUGUGAUUUAACACAAAAUUUAUGGUUAAAUUUAACUGAUGGUAGUAUAUUAUGUGGACGUAAAUUUUUUAAUGGUACUGGUGGUAAUGAUCAUGCAAUUGAACAUUAUCGUACAACUGGUUAUCCACUUGCUGUUAAAUUAGGUACAAUAACAAAAGAAGGUAAUGGUGAUGUUUAUUCAUAUGAUGAAAAUGAUAUGGUUGAUGAUCCAAAUUUAAUAAUACAUUUAUCACAUUGGGGUAUUAAUAUUUCAAAUAUGGAAAAAACUGAAAAAUCAAUGAUUGAACUUGAGCUUGAUUUAAAUCAAAAAUUUGGUGAAUGGGUUGCAUUACAAGAAGCAUCAAGUAAAUUAAUACCAAUUUAUGGUGCUGGUUAUACUGGUUUAAAUAAUCUUGGUAAUUCAUGUUAUUUAAAUUGUGUUAUGCAAACAUUAUUUAUAAUACCAGAUUUUAUUAAAAAAUAUGUUGAUGAAUCAAUUAAUAUAUUUAAUGAUAAUUAUAAUGAUCCAGCAAAUAAUUUUGAUACACAAAUAUCAAAACUUGGUUGUGGUUUAUUAUCUGGUAAAUAUUCAAUUGAACCAAAUAAUAAAUUAAAUAAUGAAGAUUAUAAUCGUCAAGGUAUAUCACCAAGAAUGUUUAAAAAUUUAAUAUCACGUGGACAUCCUGGUUUUUCAUCAAAUCGUCAACAAGAUGCACAAGAAUUUUUUUUACAUCUUAUUAAUAUUAUUGAUCGUCAUUGUGUUAAUAAAUUUAAUCCAAUUGAUUGUUUUAAAUUUAAAGUUGAAGAACGUUAUCAAUGUAGUAGUUCUGGUAAAGUAAAAUAUUCAUAUAGACCAGAAUAUUUAUUACCAUUACCAAUACCACUUGAUUGUGCAAUUAAUAAAGAUGAAGUUAAUACAUAUGAAAAUGAUAAAAAAACAGCUGAACUUAAUGGACAAUCAUUUGAUACAAAUAAUACAAUUAUUAGACCACAUAUUAAAUUAUCAUCAUGUUUAGAAUCAUUAGCUAAAACUGAAAUUGUUGAACAAUUUUAUAGUAGUGCUAUUAAUGGAAAAACAACAGCAACUAAAACAACAAGAUUAUCAACAUUUCCUGAUUAUUUAUUAUUUCAUUUAAAAAAAUUUACAGUUAGUGAAGAUUGGACACCAAUUAAACUUGAUGUUGCUGUUGAUAUGCCAGAUAUACUUGAUCUUAAUUUAUUACGUGGUAAUGGUAUACAAAAAAAUGAAGAAUUAUUACCAGAAACAGAUACACCAAAUAUACCAAAACCAGUAUAUAAUGAAAUAAUAUUAAAUCAUUUAAUUGAAAUGGGUUUUUCACCAGAGGCAUGUAAAAGAUCACUUUAUUUUACUGAAAAUCGUAGUCUUGAAGCAGCAACAAAUUGGCUUAUGGAACAUAUUGCUGAUUCUGAUUUUAGUGAUAUAUUUGUACCACCUGGUAUUGAUGUACAAAAAAAUAAAAAUGAAUUUAUACCAGGACCUGGUCUUGAGUAUUUAUUAAAUUUAGGAUUUAAUGAAAAUCAAGCAAUACGUGCAUUAAAAGCAACUGAUAAUAAUAUUGAACGUGCUGUUGAUUGGAUAUUUAGUCAUCAAAAUGAUGAUGCUGCUGCUGCUGCUGCUGCUGAUGUUGACAUGGAAGAUGAUAAUAAUAAACCAACUGAUGCUUAUCGUGAUGGUGAUUCAAAAUAUAAAUUAGUUGGAUUUAUUUCACACAUGGGAACUUCAACAAUGGUUGGACAUUAUGUUUGUCAUUUACUCAAAGAUAAUCGUUGGGUUAUAUUUAAUGAUGAAAAGGUUGCAUUGUCAGAAAAUCCACCUAAAGAACUUGGAUACAUUUACAUGUAUGAACGCAUUAAAUCAUAAACUCUUUAUCCCUAAUUCAUUUACUCUUUUUUUUCUAUUAUUAUUCUAUCUUUUUUUUUAUAUUAAUAAAAAAAUUAAAAAAUAGCUAAUAAGUAUGUUUAAUGACACACAUAAUUUCAAUUAAUAGAUCAUUUAAAAAAUGAUAAAAAAAUAACUGUUUGAUUUUGAUUAUUAUAUAAUAAAUAGUAAAAAUUUUUGCAGUGAAUUUAUCAUUUUUAAAUAAUAAUUAUUAUUAAUAAUUGAAUUUUCAAAUAAAAAUAAUAAUUAAAUUAA